GCUUGACGUUACCACCAUCUUGGUCUUUGUAUAACAAUCUUUACCAUCUAAAGCAAUCCUUGGACAAACAGUUCAUUUUAAGGAAAAGAAGAGUUUCUUGGGACCUGAACGAACUAUUGGUGAUUGUAUUUUUAAGCGGACAAUCCAAAAUACGACAUCGUGUAUUCGUAAAACGUCACUAUCUCGCCUUCACUACCGCCAUAUCUGGAUUGGCAAGUUGCACGAAAAAAUUAUUAAGUUUGCAGGGAGAUUGUGAUUUAGGCUUUACACACUGAUUCCUUCAUGACUGCCUAUCCAGAAUGUCCGACCGCUUGGCUGCUAAAAUAAAGGACAAUGCAGGGAAGCCGAAGUAUUCUUCACUUAACCUAAACCAGACGUACAAAGGAAACAAAGUUGAAAUCAAAACCUCCACAGGAGCGACUCGCCAUGGAUUACAAAGUUUGGGAAAGAUUGGAUCCAGUCGCAGAAUCCCUCCUCCGGCCAAUUUACCUUCACUAAAAAGCGAGAAUUCUGGAAACGACCCAACUGUAAGUUUAGUACCAAGUGGUGGUGGAGGAUGGGGAAGUGCGAAGGAAAAARCGGACAGUGCAAGCCCGACGACCAUAUCAACACCUCCACCUUCGAACAUCCAGCCUUCACAAUCAAAUGUAGUAGUCACACAGCAGCCAUCGUUGCAACCUCAGCGGCCUACGCCGCCGUCAUCGUACCCAACGCAAGUAGCAACACAACAACAGUCGCAAAACUUGGGGCCAACGCGACAAGAAACUACGACGAGUGCAAAGCAAGAAAAAAGCGAAGUACAGGCAAAAACAUGGGGAAGUGUUUCACAAAGCGAGGCUGGUGGUCAAGGGAAAACCUACUCUCACCAGCCGACACCAUAUUUCAAUCGAGAAUUUCCAACCCUUGGUGGUCAAGACAAUGGAGAGGCAAAGCCAGAUGGAAAAGAAAACUAUGGACCAGCACCAGUUAUUCGCAAUACUCACGAACCUCCUUGGAUGGAGCGCAGUGGUCCAGGGCCUCCUCCACAUGGAUAUACUAGAAAUAAUGACACUUACAAUGGAGGACAGGCAUUUUAUCAUCGAAGACCAGCAGAUUUUCAGAAUAACAGAGCCAAUAUGCAGCAAUAUCCUCCUCAACAAUAUGGUAAUAAUUAUUAUCCAGGACAAGCAGGCCGACCACCACCACAACAUGGCUAUACUGGACAGGAUCAGCAUGACAGACCUACUUAUCAAAGAUCAGGCCAAAACUCUAAACAAGGAGCAAGACAAGACAGAAGGCAAGAUCAAGAUAGAGACAAUAAAAAACCUGUUGUUAGACCAUCUGUUCUUCGACCAGAAGACAUUCAAGCCAUGGACGAUGAAGAUGAUGAUGGCGGUUGGGCUGGUGCUCAUGGAGAAGUAGAUUACACAGCAAAAUUGAACUUUGAAGAUUUUGAAGAGGAAGAUAAGGAUUGGGCGAAGGAAAAUAUUGAAAGACCAAGCAAGGAACAAAACAAGGACGAGGAACAGCAAUCACAAGACUCGGAAAGAGAACCAGUAGAACCAAGAGAACCUGUUAUUUUAAGAAGACCUCCACAAGUCAAUGACAGGCCAAAGCAACCUAAGUCUGCAUGGGGUGAACUACCUCAAAGGCCUCAAGAACUCACAGAUGGUAACAGACCGCCACGUCCCUUCGACAGUCAAAGACCAGGCUCAGAACAGAGAGCAGCCUGGAAUAUGCAGUACCCUCCUCCUAACCAAACCCAGUCGAGAGUUCCUCCUGGCCAGUACCCUCCCCUCUCUGGGUCUCCACAUGCUGGGCAAGAUGUUUCUCCUGGUAAUAGACCACCUAAUCAAGAAGGACCAGUUACAAGAAGGGACAGUGAUCCACCUGAUGAAUGGACACUAAAACGGCAAAAGCAGCAAGAGGAAAUGCAUGCGGCUGUGGAGAGAGCAAGGAAGAGAAGGGAGCAAGAGGAGUUAGAGUUGCAAGCUAAAACAAAGGCAGCUGCAAUGAUGAGAUUAAAGGCAAUCGAGGAAAAGGCUAAACAGAGUGAUGUCAAAUCUGAGUCUGCAGAGCCAUCUGAUAAUAAGGAAACAAAAGCUGACUUUGAAAACGAAAAAGAACAAAAAGAAAGAAAGGUGAAAGAUGUUGACCAUGUUGCGGCUUCUACCGAACAAAAACCUGUGGUUAAUCUCAGGCCUGAAGAUCAUCCCCGACGACGGGCGGACAGUGAUUCCAGCGACACUUCAAGAUCUAGUGGAUCACGACAGUUUUACCAUCAACAAAGAAAUAUCCCACCUCGUUUCCAGCAACAAAGACAACAACAACAGCAACARUAUCAACAACAGCAACUUUAUCAGGCUAGUCAUCAAACAUCUGCCUAUCCACACAGGGAUUUCUAUGAUGCAGCAGUUCCUAGGCCUCCACAGACUGUUGAUUCUGGYCCAGUUUCCCCUUCAGGCAAAACAAGUAGACCUGGAGAUGCUGUCCCAGUCAAGAGGAUUAUGAAACGAUCUGACAGCAGCAGCACUGCUGGUGAUGAUGUAGCAAGUGUCAAGUCUUUAGAGAGYGUUGGUGACAAAGAAAGGGGGUCRGGAACUUCUGUCUUUAAAGAAACAGAGGGARCCAAAMCAGAUUCGGUUUCAAAGCACAAAGAUUCAGAAACAGCAAGGAAAGACGGUAAUGAAACCAGAAAACAGGACAAUCAAAGAAAGCCAAAUGAUUAUGARAGACCAUCAGAUCAAAAGCAGUUUGACAAAAGUGGCGACAACAAAGAGGAUGUUAGUGUAUCUUCUGGUAGUGCUAGAAAACGUGAAUACAAACCAAAUGACAAGAAAGUAGAAGAACMACACAAGCGAAAGAGAGACGAACAUGAGGAUCUUGAUUGGGAUGAUAGGAGAGGCAAGUUGGGUCGUGAAAGGCAAACUGAUAGCCGUGGAAGGUUAAGGCAAGCAACAACUGGACGUGGUAGAGGACGUGGAAUUGGACGUGGUAGACAAGAUUACAGAAGUGAUGGUGGUGAUAAUCGACAAAGACAUGUACGAGAUUCAAGGUCAAGGGAUUCUAGAGAUAUCAGAGAACAGAAAAAAGAGAUGUCAGAUAAAAAUGAAAGACAGAAAGAACCAAAAGGAACGGAAGAUCAGAAAAAAGACAAUAAAGAUAARGUUUUCACAGAUGAUUCUAAAGAUAAAACUGAUAUAAAGAAAGAGGGAAGAUCAGAUCGAGAAAACCAUGACCGUAAGACAUAUCACCAAGAUCAGGCGGCUCAAAGAGACAUGCAAGAAAAGGARAAAGGAGAAAGAAAGAUGGAYAAAUUUGAAAAGAGAAGUGAUAGRUAUGAUGAUAGACCUCAAAGACCAAAGAAGUUUGAUUCAAGGAAAGACAGUCGUGAGAGCAGAGAUGAAACUAAAAGAGACUCAGUGAAUGAGAAAGAUGAACCCAAGCAUGAAAACUAUAAAACAAACAGAGAUGAGCCUCGGAAAGAAAGAGACAAUAGAGAACCUGCAAGAAGAGGAAGGUUUGCAUCAAGGGACAUCAGAGAAGAGGAGCGCUUUAAUAAUCAACGAACCAAUCGUGAUGGUGAUAGAUAYCAAGAUCAUAACAAGCAAAACCAGGAGGGAAAUAAAGAGAGAGAACUUGAAAGGUAUAAAGACAAACCUCGAGAAGAACGUGAUAAAAAUAUUAAAGAUUAUGAUCGGUACAGAGACAAGGAUUCCUUUAGAAGUAAAAGAGAUUAUACUGCUCGCCGUGAUAGRGGUGGUCAUCGUACCCARUUCUCCACAAGGGGUAGAGGGAGCCUUGGGCGUGGACUACGMAGCAGAGGAAGUGGACGGCUUGUWGGGAGUGGUCGAAUUGURGCAAGUAAUUAUAAUCGCCCAACCAAGAAAGAGGAAUUUUCUGAUAAUGAUGAUACAGAUGACAGUGGUAGUGAAUCUAGUAGCUACACCACAGCCACCUCAGCAUCGGAAGAAAGACCUGAGGAGAAGGAAGAAAAGCCAAAAGAACAGCCAAGAAGCACAAGUCAGUCAAGUAGCUCAACACGGGGACUUAAAUCGCCAAGAGGGAACAGAGGCCGUGGAGGUAACUACCUUCGUUCCAGACCACAACCWGAAAAGCCGCCAAGGUUUCAGAAACAGCAGGAAAGGGCRGCACAGCAGCGAAAUUCUGGAAGAGGAGGUAUGCGUGUGGAUCGUAAUUCAGUGCGUGGAAGCCGUGGAAGAGGUAGGGGAAGAGGGCGUGGUCAURUUGYAUCCAGUUCACAAGAUAAUGACGAAGGGAAAGGUGAUACUGUCAUAGAAGCUACURAAAACUGGGAUGAAGAUGUUGAUUCGAGUUCCAAAGAMCAAUCAAGAGAUGAAAAACCAUCAACACGUAAAKGUGGCUUUCCUCGCUCAUCAUAUGAAAAAGGUUCUAACCGACGAGGAUCAUCUAGAGAUGAGUCUGGAAAAUUUUCUUCAAGACGUGAGGGAAAUCAGUCUAACACACAGUCAAGAAAAGGGGAUUCUUUUUUAGCCGAAAAGCAGGUAAAAGUUGAAGGUUCAAAGUCGGCCAGCGGGGAACCUAGGGGUUCUUUACCUGCUGUAAAAAUGGCAGAAUUAACAUCAAGCAAGAAAAAUAGUGGAACCCCUAAAGAUGACAAGAGAACUGACUACGGUGCUGUUGACAGUAUUGACGGAAAAGUGGUGCCUAAACGAAAUGAUACAGUUAAAAAAGCCAACAUUGAACUAUUUGAUCUCCACAAUGUUGCCGGUGUGAUAUGCAUUGAUGAUAUCCCAGAUGAUGCCUCUGAUAUUUCCUCAAGCGGUUUUGUGGAAGUCACCUCAAAGCGAACUCAAAAGGAACUAAAAGAAAAACAAAGAGAAGAAGAUGAAAGAAGAAAACGAAAUGAAGAGAAAGCAAACCAGAGAAAUUCAGAUUCCAAAUUCAAGAAAAACCAGACUAGCAAACCGCCUCGGUUUAGCAAGCAACAUCAAAGCUCAAAUGCCCAAUCAAAAUCUUUUGAUGGUAAACUCCCAGUUCCUGUUUCCUUGGAGGGUGCACCUGGAUUGGUCUCUGGYAGUAUUGGAAGUAACCCAUCGAGUACCAACUCCACUAAGCGAAAUAGUCCAAUUACAGUAGACAGGCCUUUAUCACCACAAGGUCCUGUAUUUAAUGCAUGGAACAARCCCCUGACCUUAGUGACACCAGCUAAGGCACCUGGGACAACUUUGGUUAUGACUUCAAAUGUACCAGAUCCUCUAGCUGUUGGCAGUGGAAAGCCUCCAAGACAGCCACCGCCU